GGCCUCUAGAUGACCAACAAAACAAGCCUAGCUGUAGACCGACCAGGAGCAGCAACUGCAUGUAGCUUUAAGCUAACGCUAGCUAUAACAACAUUAUUUACCCCUAUUUGGGGCUUUUAUUAGCCACUGGUUCGCUAGCUUGUUCGAGGUUGGCUUACUGGCCAAACAUGCAGAAAUAUGAGAAGCUUGAAAAAAUCGGAGAGGGUACGUAUGGGACAGUUUUUAAGGCUAAAAACAGAGAAACCCACGAAAUCGUGGCUUUGAAAAGGGUCAGGUUGGACGAUGACGACGAGGGGGUGCCAAGUUCUGCUCUGAGGGAAAUCUGUCUGCUGAAGGAACUUAAGCACAAAAACAUUGUCAGACUACAUGAUGUGUUGCACAGUGACAAGAAGUUAACCUUGGUUUUUGAAUAUUGUGACCAGGAUUUGAAGAAGUAUUUUGACAGCUGCAAUGGGGAUCUAGAUCCUGAAACUGUGAAGUCAUUCAUGUACCAGCUGUUGAAAGGCCUCGCCUUCUGUCACAGUCGAAACGUUCUUCAUCGAGAUCUGAAGCCACAGAAUCUCCUCAUAAACAGAAAUGGGGAGUUGAAGCUGGCUGACUUUGGGUUGGCUCGAGCCUUUGGCAUUCCUGUGAGGUGUUACUCAGCAGAGGUGGUGACCUUGUGGUACCGGCCUCCCGAUGUGCUGUUUGGUGCUAAACUUUAUUCUACCUCAAUCGACAUGUGGUCUGCUGGAUGCAUAUUUGCAGAGCUGGCUAAUGCUGGAAGGCCUUUAUUCCCCGGAAACGAUGUGGACGACCAGUUGAAAAGAAUCUUCAGGUUGUUGGGUACACCAACUGAAGAACAGUGGCAGACAAUGACGAAACUCCCCGAUUACAAGCCAUACCCCAUGUAUCCGGCUACCACCUCGCUGGUGAAUGUGGUGCCCAAACUCAGUAGCACAGGACGGGAUCUACUCCAGAACCUGCUAAAAUGUAAUCCUGUCCAGAGGAUCUCUGCAGAGGAGGCCUUGCAGCACCCUUACUUUGCUGAUUUCUGCCCACCCUAAAAGCUAAACGGCCACUCGCUGAACCUCAGCCGCCAGAAUCAAUCAUCCUUCACUCUGCUCGGUCAUUAGGACCAACAAGGCGAAUCCCUCUCCGCUUUCAAACACUCCCCUGCAUUUCAUUCUGUUGUGCCUCUGGAACGGCGGCCUGAUGGCUCUGCAAGGAUUAAGGUUGUUUUAAAUUGCAAGCCCGUUUAAUUUGGUACAUAAAUGCCUCCCAGUAAAGUAGCGCUAAUGUGGGAGGAUGCACUAUGUGUUGCAUUAAACACUUUUUAUACCUGUGGAAACACUUCAGAACAAAAUGCCCCUCUGCUCCAAAACAGUGAUGAAAUUAACAAGCUGUUCAUUUCUGACUUUUAAAUAGUUGUUUAUGAAUGGAAAAAGGCCCCUUUUUGAAUCUGUGGUGAUCACAUUUGGUAAAUGAAUUCAGAUUUUAAUUUAAACGUUCUAACACAUGAGCAGAUGAUUUAAUGGCUCACUCAUUCCUGGGGUUGCUAAAUGCUACUAUUUCCAAUUAAUUUGUAUUUUUUAGAAUAACAAGGGAGAGAUUUAUUUGAAUGAAAUGAUGAAGGCUUAAGUCAGUGUUUUUAAGGAUUGUAUGUUACUUUUGUUCCACUUUAAUUUACAGGUCUGUAAUUACAAAAUGAUUUCCAAGGAAUGUUUCUUGUUUGUGAUUUGGUACUAAUGUCUAGCUAUGAAAGAAAUACUUUAAUUAAACCACAAGUUAUUUUUCUCUAAUAAUAAACUUAUGGUGUAAACUAAUUUGACGAUAUAAACGAAAUUGUAUAUUUUCUGUACAGAUUAAUCAAAUGAUUGCAUGUUCAUUUGGUCUGCUUUGACGGUAACACGUUAAACACAUCUCUAUUUACUUUAUAAUUAGUACCAACAACAUACUUAUUACUGGAAACUUCCUAGGAAAUUAUAAGGGAAUUACAAACCUGUAUAAUACUGUUAUAUAUAUUUACUUUUCAGGCCUACAGACUACAGACUUGUAAUUCUGAGGUUUCACAUACCAACAGUACAUUUCUUUGUCCCAAAUUACAAGAUUGUAUAAUAGCAUGGAAAGCUAACUUAUUAUUUUAUCUUUCUCAGGCUUUUUAUUUCCCCUUUUUGUAUUUUUUUCCUGUGCACUUUGUAAGUUUUGUUUGAAAUUGUUUAGUGUAUAUAUAUGAAUAUUAUUAAAUAUGUUGAACACUGACAGCCAGGAUUAUAGCCGGUUAUCAAUCAAUGGGCCAAUAUACAUAAAUACAUGUUAAUGACUAGCGGACCAUUAGUGACACAUUACUUUUCUUACAUCAUAAUUAUACUAACAUCCUUUUCUGAAAUGCUUUAAUAGUAACCCACUGAUAAUUUGUAUUUUCAUAUAAUGAUUGUUUGGCACCAUUAGCUGUGUACUUUCUGACUAUUCAUUUUAAUCAACAUGGUAAACAGCUUGCAGUGUUAUUUUACUCCAGAUCGUUGCAGCGCUACGUAUCCCAUAAAUACGCCUACAUAAUGAUUUCUGUUUGAUGUAGCUGUGCUAAUAGGGAAUUGACUUAUUUCCAUUUUGCUGAUGUAAGAAGAUAAUGGAUGCAUGUAUUUAUUAAUGAUGGAAUGUCUGCUCCUUUUUCUGCAUUCGUUAAAAGAGGUUCAUUUGGUACAGUGACUUCAUAAUGGUUUAAUGUAACUCAGAUCUAAAGACUUUAGCCAGCUAUUUUAGGAUUUAAAGGUUCUGUGUGUGUGUGUGUGUGUGUGUGUGUAAGUUAUAAUGAAAAAACAAAAGCAUUUCCUCUCAGUAUUUCAUUCUCUAGUGAUAAACUGCUUUAGAGUUACUUUGUACAGCUUCUAUUUAACCUUUUAAUGAAGAGGUGAUUUUGCA